AGAAGAAGAAGUAUUUAACAUUAACUGUCAGUGUAUAACCUUAAAUAAAACGGGUCAAACUCAAACCUAUUUUUUUUCAAUUUUUUUUAGGACCCAUGAUACAAAUGCAAAGAACGAUCAACAUUUUCUUUAAACAUAAUUUUCGAAAACAGCUACCUUCUGGAUUAUACUUCGCAACACCAAAACGUGAAGUUUCAACUGAACAUCAACAUGAUAUUCAUGCUAAGCACAAAUCGAAAUUCAGUGAAAAAAUUCUGUCUGGACCGACCUUAGGAAGUUUUAUCAAUAAAAAUCUGGAGGAAUCGCAACAGAAUGUUCAUGAUGAACCGCCACCUCCAGACAUUGUACCCUAUUUACAUGAAAUCAGUGGUCUUGGUAGAAAGGUGUAUUUUGACAUAUAUGGGUGUCAAAUGAAUGUAAAUGAUACAGAAAUUAUUUGGUCUAUUCUGAAAAACAACAAUUAUGAACGUACAACUAGUUUAGUAGAAGCAGAUGUAAUUCUAAUAGUAACAUGUGCUAUAAGAGAUAGUGCAGAGGAAAAAAUUUGGUCAAGACUAAAUGCUCUGAAAGGCAUUAGAAAGACUAGAAAGAAUGAUCGCCCAAAGCUAAAAAUAGGAAUUUUAGGGUGCAUGGCUGAGAGACUGAAGGAUAAGGUCCUAAAUAAAAAUGAUUCAGUUGAUCUUGUAGUGGGACCUGAUAGCUACAAAGAUCUUCCAAGGUUACUGGCAGUCACAAAUAACAAUCAGAAAUCUGUGAAUGUUCUCUUAUCUCUAGAUGAAACUUAUGCAGACAUCACACCAGUCCGUCUCAAUGAAAACUCAGUGUCUGCAUUUGUUUCUAUUAUGAGGGGAUGUGACAACAUGUGCACUUACUGUAUUGUCCCAUUCACUAGGGGCCGUGAAAGAUCCAGACCUGUAUCAUCCAUACUCAAAGAAAUUGAACAUUUGUCAGUACAAGGGGUCAAAGAAGUUACUCUGUUAGGCCAAAAUGUGAAUAGUUAUAGGGAUAUUUCUGUGGAUUCAAAAAUUGACAAUGUGACCAGCUUGGCUAGUGGAUUCAAAACUGUGUAUAAGCUCAAAAAAGGGGGGCUGAGGUUUGCAGAUCUGCUGGAAAAAGUGGCCAGCAUUGAUCCAGAAAUGAGGAUUAGAUUUACUUCACCUCAUCCUAAGGAUUUUCCUGAUGAAGUUAUAGAGGCAAUUCGUUCUCAUCCUAAUAUUUGUAAGAAUCUCCACAUGCCUGCUCAAUCAGGUAAUUCAGCAGUGCUUGAGAAAAUGCGCAGGGGUUAUACUAGGGAAGCUUAUCUGGAUUUGAUUAAGAAUGUUAGACACUAUAUUCCAGAAGUGGGGCUUAGUUCUGAUUUCAUUUGUGGCUUUUGUGGAGAAACUGAGGAACAGUUUGAGGAUACCAUAUCACUCAUGAAUGAAGUACAAUUCAACAAUGCAUUCAUGUUUGCUUACAGUAUGAGAGAAAAAACUACUGCUCAUAGAAGGUUCAAAGAUGAUGUUCCACCUGACAUUAAACAUAGCAGAUUGCAGAGGAUGAUUCAAGUGCAUAGGCAACAAGCUCUAAAAUUGAACACGUCUCAAAUAGGAAAAAACCAUUUGGUUUUAAUUGAAGGUUACAGUAAAAGAUCAUGUGACUAUUUUCAAGGUAGAAAUGACCAAAAUAUCAGAGUCAUAUUACCGGCAAAGGAGCCGGUUCCACUCAGAGAUGGGACGUCAUUGAGGAUGAUGGAAAAGGGGGAUUAUGUGUCAGUUUAUGUCAAUGAUGCCAAUUCUCAGAUUCUCAAAGCUAUUCCCCUCUAUUUGACAGGGCUGGAAGAAUUCUAUUCAGCCCAGAACCACUCUGUGGUUGUUCAGAUGAUGUAGUAUUAAGUGUAAUAGUUGAUGUUUUUAAAAUAUAUCUGAUUUUGUUAUUUAU